AGAAACUUCCCAACCUGCCUGUCUUCUUGGAAGAGUCCUCCUCAUCUCUUCAGAUCUUCCAAGUCACAAGCCGUAUUUAACACAGCAAACAAUGGAUCACACUACGCUCCACUGCAGACUUUUACCGAGGAGGAGUUGAUGAUUAAGAACAUAGUUAGAACAUUUGCCCAGCAACAAAUUGCUCCUUUGGUUUCAACAAUGGAUGAAAAUUCAGAAAUGGAUAAAUCAGUAAUUCGAGGACUGUUUCAACAAGGGUUGAUGGGCAUUGAAGUUGACACAAAAUAUGGAGGAGCUGGGGCUUCAUUUUUUUCUUCUAUCCUGGUGAUCGAAGAGCUGGCCAGAGUCGACCCAUCUGUGGCUGUCCUAUGUGACAUCCAGAACACAAUAAUUAACACACUGAUUCGAAAACAGGGGACAGAGGAGCAAAAGGCCGCAUAUUUGCCCCAGCUGGCUUCAGAAAAAGUGGGAAGUUUCUGCCUUUCAGAGGCUGGAGCGGGUAGUGACUCGUUUGCUUUGAAGACCAGAGCUGAUAAGAAGGGCGAUUACUACCUCCUUAACGGGUCAAAGAUGUGGAUCUCCAAUGCCGAGCACGCAGGCCUCUUCCUGGUAAUGGCCAACGUAGACCCUGCCAUAGGGUACAAAGGAAUUACCUGCUUCUUGGUAGAUCGCGACACUGAAGGCUUUCAUGUAGGGAAACCAGAAAACAAAAUGGGCAUCAGAGCGUCUUCCACCUGCUCAUUAACAUUUGAAAAUGUUAAGGUUCCAGAAACCAAUAUCCUGGGAAAAGUUGGGCACGGCUAUAAAUAUGCUAUAGGAAGUCUUAAUGGAGGUCGAAUAGGAAUUGCUGCACAGAUGCUGGGCCUGGCACAAGGAUGUUUUGACUGCACUAUUCCGUAUAUUAAAGAAAGGGUACAGUUUGGCAAGAGGAUAUUUGACUUUCAGGGCCUCCAACACCAAGUGGCUCACGUGGCCACCCAGCUGGAAGCUGCCAGAUUGCUCACAUACAACUCUGCUAGGCUUUUAGAAGCUGGAAGACCAUUCAUAAAAGAAGCAUCUAUGGCCAAAUACUACGCAUCAGAGGUGGCAGGACUGACCACUAGUAAAUGCAUCGAGUGGAUGGGAGGCGUAGGCUACACCAAAGACUACCCUGUGGAAAAAUUCUUCCGAGAUGCAAAGAUUGGUACGAUAUACGAGGGAACUACUAAUAUCCAGCUAAACACCAUCACCAAGUGCAUCGACGCAGAAUACUGA